AACUGUGCUCGCGCACCAUCACAGCAGUCGGCUACGACGGUCCAGUCGCGGACACGUCAGGAGGCUUUUUAGGACUUUCCCAGGCAACAAAAUGGGAAAAGACUGACGACAUUCAACGUCCCGCCUCGCUGAAGCAAACGAAAGGUGCACACCAUGAACUACGUGGGCCAACUGGCAGGUCAGGUGCUGGUCACCGUCAAAGAGCUGUACAAGGGCAUCAAUCAGGCCACGUUGUCCGGCUGCAUCGACGUGGUGGUGGUCCGCCAGAGGGAUGGCUCCUAUCAGUGCUCGCCCUUCCACGUUCGCUUCGGCAAGCUGGGCGUGCUGCGUUCCAAAGAGAAAGUGAUUGAUAUUGAAGUGAAUGGAGAACCGGUGGAGCUGCACAUGAAACUCGGGGACAACGGAGAGGCGUUUUUUGUUCAAGAAGCUGAGCUACAGAAUCAGCUUGUCCCGGCCCAUUUGGCCACCUCUCCAAUCCCGACAGACAGUCAUCUCUUCUGGAUCUCAGAAGUCGACCGGAGGUCACCCAGCGUUUUAGAGGAUGACGCUGCUGACCCAGAAGAUCCGCCCGAACCCCCGGCGCCGACUCCUGGCGCCACAAAAAAGAAAAAGCGACGGAGAAAGAAGCACAAAGGAGACCCGCGGCGGGAGGAACUGACCCCACCCAUGUCAGUCACCACCGGUGCUGCUAAUGCUGCUGCUAUGUCCAACUCUGGACAGAACGAAGAGAUAUUUGAGAUGGACCUGAGCUCUGAUGAAGAAACUGCAGCUCAUGUCUCAAGGUCGCCUUCCGUUUCUACAAUCCGAGAUAUCGACCCCAAAUUACCCUCAUCCCGACACAACCUCGACGGUUACGCAAUGUCUGAUGGAGACUGGUCAGAAAAUGCCAGUCACGGCCUGUCUCAGGCGUAUUCCCCAAAGAGCGACUCUGAGCUGUUGGUGAGGCCGUCGGAGAGUCUGCUCAGAGCCGAGUCUCACAUGCAGUGGACCUGGGGAGAGUUCCCAGAGACCACAAGGGUGACCAAAAAGGAGAAACCGGAGCUACUCAAAACUGUGACCAUCACACCGUCCGAGAGCACCCACUUCCGGGUCAUCCUCAGCACUGAAGCUAUGGAGGAGGACAGCGAGGUGGAGAAAGUGUCCAGCUCCUCCUCCGUGUGCGCCAUCGUGAAGCCCGAGCCCCGCACCCCGACUAGCCAGGCCGCAGCAAUGGGUCCGUCGGUGAGCAGCACCACGUCUCUGAGCCCCGUCGGUGGCACAGAGCCUGCGGACGCCCUGCCUAACAGCGUGGUGACAUCCACACCCUCCAGCGGCCAACCUACUGAUUCCCCAUCCAAGAAGAAAGGCGUCCCAAAACGAAGCCAGCAUCAGGGUCCUGAAGACAUCUACCUAGACGACCUGAAUGUACUUGAGCCUGAUGUUGCAGCCAGAUAUUUCCCCAAGAGUGAGGCGGAGGCGGCCGCAAAGCACUGGAUGGACUCAGAGAUCCACUCCGGUUCCCAGUCUCCGCAGUCAGUCGGCAGCGCUGCAGCCGACAGCGGGACCGAGUGUCUCUCUGACUCGGCGAGUGACCUCCCUGACGUCACGCUCUCCCUCUGCGGUGGCCUCACCGAGAAUGCUGAAAUAUCCAAAGAAAAAUUCAUGGAGCACAUCAUCACUUAUAGUGAAUUUGCUGAGAACCCAGCAAUCAUUGAUAACCCCAACCUGGUCGUGAGGAUAGGAAAUAGAUACUACAACUGGACACUGGCUGCGCCACUGAUCUUGAGUCUUCAAGCUUUUCAGAAGAACUUACCAAAGGCCACGGAGGAGGCUUGGGUGAAAGAGAAAAUGCCAAAGAAAUCUGCACGGUGGUGGUUCUGGCGGAAAAGAGCCGACAGCACAAUCAAACAGUCUGAGACGAAGCUUGAAACUAAAGAGGAAACUCAUUUGGAGGAGGAAGGACAGUCCAUUCCUCAGGAGAAGCUGGCCUUGCUCCCGAAAACAGGAGACUCGUCCAGCGACGAAGAGUCCAAGGAGUUGAGCGCUGCCUCUUGUCAAGACCGUCUGCAGGCGGGCGAUGGUCAGCAGCAUUCCAGUGCACACACCUACAGGAAGUCUCUUCGCCUCUCCUCUGAUCAGAUUGCAAGUCUUAAACUAAAAGAGGGGCCCAACGACGUGACCUUCAGCAUCACCACACAGUACCAGGGCACGUGCCGCUGUGAAGGAACCAUCUACCUGUGGAACUGGGACGACAAGGUCAUCAUCUCCGACAUCGACGGCACCAUCACCAAGUCUGAUGUGUUCGGACAGAUCCUCCCACAGUUGGGGAAGGACUGGACCCACCAAGGCAUCGCCAAGCUCUACCACUCUGUUGCCGAAAACGGCUACAAGUUCCUGUACUGCUCGGCUCGAGCCAUCGGCAUGGCGGACAUGACCAGGGGUUACCUGCAGUGGGUCAACGACGGGGGGACCAUCCUCCCCCGGGGUCCUCUCAUGCUGUCUCCCAGCAGCCUCUUCUCUGCCUUUCACAGGGAGGUCAUUGAGAAGAAGCCCGAGAUCUUCAAGAUUGAAUGCCUUACAGACAUCAAGAACCUGUUCCAGCAUAACAAGCAGCCAUUCUACGCGGCCUUUGGGAAUCGAGCUAAUGACGUGUUUGCCUACAAGGAGGUGGGAGUCCCAGUGUGCAGGAUCUUCACUGUCAACCCCAAAGGAGAGCUGAUCCAGGAGCAGACAAAAGGCAACAAAUCCUCGUACGGGCGACUGAGCGAGCUGGUGGAGCACGUGUUCCCUCUGCUGAGCAAAGAGCAAAACGAGGCCUUCGAAAUGCCAGAGUUCAGCUCCUUCUGCUACUGGAGGCAACCUAUACCGGACAUCAACCCGGAUGACCUGCUGUGAGUCAGCCGACUGGACUCUCAGGUAGACACGUACCUGCACUCGCGGGAGGACCGGGGACUCGCACAGAAACACAAACGCCACUCACGUUACUCAGUCGUGUGGACGAGGGUCGGGGUUUGUACAUGUCGUAUUCCAGCCGUGGGAUUACUCUGCCAAAUACCGGAGAAACGCCGCGCUCACUUUUGUUCACGACUUCUGCUCUCAGCAGCAGGAGGUGUGAACAAAGCUGCCCCUCCCCUGCGGUUCCUGCCACUCGGAGGAAGUAACCGCAGGUCGUGAUCCCGGCGCAAUAAUCCCGCGCACGCCAGACUCUCACCGGCAAAUAUGUGAAGAUGCACUCAUACGUUCGGAGAGGAAAUGAAGCAGAUUUAAUUUUCCAUUUCAGAUUUGUGUUUUGUGUAUUUGAUGAUAAGUUAUUUGGGUCCGUUUGUCAGUCUGGAAGUAAUUUAUCAGUCAGGAACGGUGUACUUGAUACCCUGUCAGCCAGGUGUGUGGAAGGGAAGCGAUCACCAUACACCAUGGGACUGAAGCUCAAAGGAAGUAUUUCUGCUCCGAGUGUGAAUCUUGUCGGAAUGCUGCUGCUGUCGAAUGACAGACCCGUCGCCGCAUGGCUUUACCAGAUUUAUCCAAGGCACUUUGUCUGAGCUGCAGCCGGAGAGGCGGACUAAUAUGCAACCAGUUUUAGCUGAAGGAGCGACGCAGACACGUGGGCUGUCCUUGAAUAAAGAGGAAGAGAUUUGCUUGUUUGGAGAGCUCCACGUGAUUCCAUCAACAGGACACCGACCUUUAGCACCCGUGCGUGUGUGCGCGUGUGUGAGGGGACCGAAGACUGAUCGCCUCUCUCCAGCAGAAGAAGUAGCCAUUCCAUCUUGUUUAGAGGAAAACAGGAAAUACUUGACAGCGUCCCGGAAGCGCCGACGAUGGUGCUGUUGAAGAGGAUGACAAGAGCCCAAGCACAAUUUCAGACGACGGACCGGAACGUCAGUAUUUCACAGGAACAUUUCUCUCUCUGUAGCGCAACAGUGCUCGGUAUGACUUGAUUUAGAUGCUGUGCUGCUCAUCACUCGCUUAUAUAUCUGAAGAAUUCCAUUCUUUCUAUGAAAGUGAAGCAUCUUGUGUGGAGCGUUCACACCUCAUCCGCGGAUCUCCAGUCAUCCAGUGUGUCCAUGCUGAUCGUCACUCGUCUGUGAUGCCUUUUAUCAUUUCUUACGCGAAUGCUGUUUGUUGGUUUGGAAGUUAAUGCUUGCCUUGUGAUUGUGUAGAACAACCAAAUCACCCUGUGUGUGCGCUGUGUUGUGUUGGAAAAUAAUAUGUUUAAGAACAAAGUACAAUGUAAGAAGAGAAGUAUCGGCCUGAUGAAGCUAACCGACUGUGGCUUAUGGUCAUAUUUGUAUCAAAUAAAGUUUCUAACUGAAUCUGUGUGUCAUUAUUUCAUUGAUAUUAUUUGAUGAUAGUAAUGUGUUAUGUGCUUCUUACUCACUUAUUUAUGAUUGUUUUUACCUUAUUAUAUGCCCAUUUACAUUUUUCCCUUUUUGGCAGUUCCAAAUGGUCUAUUUUGUCCUUUAUUUUCUUGUUAAAAUAUUUGAAAAUGAAUAUUCGUGUCAUGUCAGUUUGCCAUAUUUAAAAGAAUUACAGGUGACUUGAGUCAUGUUUCGUCAAGCAGCCAUGUUGAAAUGAGUCUUGUGUUGUGUAUUUUCCAUGGAAGUAGUGAUGACGUGGAGGUGUGAAUUCACUGCCAUUUGGUAGAAGAGCAGAAGCAGGACUGGUGGUGAGUGGUUUCAUCUGGCUUGAGAAUGUCUCAGGAGUCGAGAGACGGAGGCGUGACUGCCACUGAACAACCCAGUGAGGGAGGACACGACCCCUGACAGAGGUACCGUCCCGUUCACCCACAUGUUGUGUAUUAGAGGUGAUCAAAAAUCACUUCUAAAUUUAUAGACACUUUAAUGCAUUUACAAUAGAUACAAAAGGUGAUUAUCAAAUAUAUUAUCAACAAAAAGGGACUUCUGAAUCCACUUCAACGAUUCGGCGUAACCGAGCGGCAUCAGCUCGGCGUCACAUUUUUUGGUGAAAACUCAAGUCUCCUCCACAUUCUUGUGAGUCUUUGUCGGGUGGAAACGCACUAGUCUCUGUGGCGGCGGCGGCUAGCUCCUGGCCUGCGGGGCGUACAGGAAGAGGGCGCUGAAGGUGGAGACGAUCUCCAGGGCGUCGCUGGUGGCCAGCUGCCCGCCCGUCCUCAGCAAGCCCACCCGCUCGCCCUUCCUCAGCGGCAGGAUGAGACUGAAGGAUACAGAACCUCCGCAGCCGCAGCCGGGCCGACCAGCAGGGGACCUCGCUGAGCUCUGUAGCCGCUGGACGCUGCGGUUGGACACUGACAGAACGGCUUCCACGCGGUCACCUGGUUUCGCCGUGAGCACACCUGAGAUCAGGUACCGUCCGUCCAGAGGUACAG